UCCCAAAUCCCAACUCUUAAGCCAUAGAGAGAGAGAGAGGACAGGCCGAUAGGCCGAUACUUUGAAUUUAAUAUAUACGAUUCAAGUUUUUUGAGUUUACAGUUCCGACCAGACAUUAUAUUUUAGUUUUUAGCGCUUACAGUUCCGAUCAGACAUCAUAUUUUAGUACGAGGAGUGUGAGUGAGUGAGCGAGUUCGAUAUGGUGCGUACGCCGUGUUGCGACAAGAGCGGGUUCAAGAAGGGGACAUGGACACCCGAGGAAGACAGGAAACUAGCGGCUUAUGUUACCAGAUAUGGGUGCUGGAAUUGGAGACAGCUUCCUAAGUUUGCUGGAUUGGCGAGGUGUGGGAAGAGCUGCAGAUUGAGAUGGAUGAAUUACUUGAGACCCAAUAUUAAAAGAGGGAACUAUACCAAAGAAGAAGACGAAACCAUCGUGAGGAUGCAUGAACAAUUAGGCAAUAAAUGGUCAGCCAUUGCAGCACACUUGCCAGGAAGAACUGACAAUGAGAUAAAAAACCACUGGCAUACUUCACUCAAGAAGAACUCAAGAAAACCAUCAUCCUCUUCUCCCACUCAAAACCCCCAACCAAAGAAGAGAUCCUCGUCGUCUACCCGAACCAAAAGACAGGACCGGGCAAACUCAUCUGAAAACCCCAUAAUCUCGACUCAUGAAAUCUUAGAAAGUUCUCAGUGGUCUCCACAACCUUCAUCCAGCGAGACUUCUUCUUCUUCUUCUUCUUCUUCCACCACCACUACUACUACCACCAAAAGCGAUGGAAUUAUCCAUGACGACCAAACCGUACAAGGUGAAUUUGGUCACAUGGAAUGCGACGAAAGUUUUUGGAGUGAGCCGUUCAUAAUGGACAACUUUUGGUCCAAUAAUGAAUUAGUUGUGCCUUCAAUCGACUUCGGACUUUUGUCUCCACCUUCUCCUUUUAGAGACUAUGAUUUCUUGGGCUCAUUUGAUCAUUUUCCCGAAGGAUUCAAUAAUUUGAAUUGGUGAGAAAUUAAACAUGUCGAAAUUAUAUAUAUAGAUAUUUACCUUGUGUCAUGGUAAAUAAUCUUGUGUCGACAGUGAUCCAAGACACUAUAUACUAGGUUGUUUUAGACACUAUAUACUAGGUUGUUUUAGAGUGAUCUUACAAAAAAUAAAAAUUAAAAAAUAGAGGUGAUCUUGUAAUUGCAACUGUAAUUUGAAGGGCAUAACUUUAAUUAUAAUAAGUAUGAUUAGCCUUUCAUUCCUCUAA